UGCAUCACCUACUAUUAUACAAGAGAGAGAGGGGGGAGAGAGACAGACGGGAUAGGAGAUGAUAGAUUAUGUCGGCCAGUUUUGGACUUAUCUUCAAGGAAGAUCAACGUGGCGGCCGUUCCCAGAAUAGAGACUAUAGCAGCCAAGUAGGAAACUCUCCAGCCCCGUCUCUCUCUCUUUCUCUAUAUAUAUUGCACUCUGCAUAUUCCAGGAAAUUGUUUGUGGCAUGGACUUUCUGAAACUGAAAACGGAAUCUUCCUGGGUUUUGUUUUCGUUCUUGGGUUAUAUGCUGUAGCUGUUGAGAUUUUACGAAUAAGUAAGGGAGGGAGGGGAAAAGGCUAGGGGUGUUAGAGUAGUGAUUAUUCUGUGAUGGAAGGAGCUGCGUGUUGUUCGACGUCAACAAGCGCAGAAAAGCGAAAGCAGAGGCAAAACCAGGAGAAGCCAUAUCGGGGAAUAAGGAUGAGGAAGUGGGGGAAGUGGGUGGCCGAGAUUAGAGAACCCAACAAGAGGUCUAGGAUUUGGCUUGGCUCCUACACGACUCCGGUCGCCGCCGCACGAGCCUACGACACCGCUGUGUUCUAUCUCCGAGGGCCUUCCGCUCGGCUUAACUUUCCCGAUUUGAUCUUCCAAGAAGACGAUGACGAGCUCCGGGACAUCUCCGCCGCUUCUAUACGCAAGAAAGCCACCGAAGUCGGAGCCAGAGUCGACGCCCUUCAGGCUGCUCUCCAUGCAUCGCAACCGAAGCCUAGUCGAGUCUCAGAGACGCCCGAUUUAAACGAGUAUCCGGGACCGGAAAACUCCGACGAAGAUUGAUCAAUAUUACACGCUCAGUUAUUAGUUUCUUCAUGUCUUUUUCCAUGAUCUUCGGGCGGUGUGCAAGAAAAAAGAAAUUGCAUCUCGCACACCGCUAAGAGAAAUUUAGGAGGAAGGAGAUUAAGUUGGCUGUGAAAACACAAUCAACAGGUCCUGUUUGAUACGUUUGGAUUACCAGUUGUAACCAGAACUAAGCAAAAAUAGUUUUGAUAGUGAUCA